CAUGGUUAGGUCAUCGUGCCAUUUCCUGAUUUUCUCCACGGCGGUGGGUAAAGAAAACUCUUCAGUUAGGUCAGCCAGCGUCUUUGUAACCCUGGUGGGACGACGUGACACGCGAGAAUAUGCACAAAUGGGCUCGGUUCUGCUGGAAGUUUUCACGCUACAGAUUUACCAACAGUGUGCACAAUGGUGCCUGGACGAACAAACUUGAACCUCAGACGCGAAAUGUACUGUGUUGCCUUUCUUGGAGCGGUGGAUUCUCCAUACAACGAAAAUAUCUUUGCAAUAACAUAGUCACAGAGGAUAUUCUCCGGCGGGAAUCUGUUCAAAGACACUUGAAGGGUCUGAUUUCGGAAUACAACAAUAUCACCCAAAGGAUACAAAAUGAACAGCUGAGUGACUCCGAAUUAAGAGCGUUAAACAAAAGACAUUUGGAACUACUGUCUAUGUCAGUCGCAUUUCAAAACGUGGAGAAUGCUGUUAAAGAUUUGAAAGAGGUGGAAGCUCUCAUUCAGAGUGGGAGUAGCGCUGACGAGGAUAUACAAAUGCGUGAUCUGAUGAAAGAGGAGUAUGCAGAAAUCACAGAACGAAUCGAAACGCUCCGAAAAGAAUUGCUCCAGACACUGAUACCCAGUGACAAACAUGACACCAACAAUGUCAUUUUGGAGGUGGCAUCAGGAAGGACAACAGGAGGUGACAUCUGUCAACAGUUCACAAAAGAGAUGUUUGACAUGUAUGAGGGUUUUGCCAGCUACAAAAACUGGGAUUUUGAAGUGUUUAAUUAUACUCCUGCUGACUACGGUGGAAUACAUCAUGCUGCUGUGAGAAUUGCAGGGGACAGGGUCUACCAGCACCUGAAGUAUGAGGGCGGGACUCAUCGUGUGCAGAGGAUACCUGAAAUUGGUCUGUCAUCCAGAAUGCAGCGGAUUCAUACAGGAACGAUGACUGUCAUUGUGCUGCCUCAGCCCAGUGAGAUAGAUGUAAGUAUUGAUCCCAAGGACUUGCGAAUUGACACGUUUCGAUCCAGAGGAGCGGGUGGUCAAAGUGUCAACACUACAGACAGCGCAGUUAGAAUAACACACAUUCCCACAGGGUUGACCGCAGAGUGCCAGGAAUCUCGCUCACAGCUGAAAAAUCGUGACACUGCCAUGCGCAUGCUGAGGGCCAGGAUGUACCAGCAGAUGAUGGGCAGAGAGACCGAACAAAGGCACACUGCUCGCAAAUACCAGGUUGGAACACGCUCCCAGUCGGAAAGGAUUCGCACGUACAACUUCACUCAGGACCGUGUGACAGAUCACAGGAUUGGAUAUAUGACCAGAGAUAUCAAGGAGUUCCUGAAAGGAGGAGAACAACUGGAUGAGCUGAUCGCAGAGCUAAUAAAACGUGCACAGAGGGAGGCCCUUUUGGAGCUGGUAGAACAUGGCAACCACAGACAAACGGGGGAAGGAGGGCCAGUGGAGCAGUGGGGCUAAGGUGGAAAGGGAGUUUCGUGUCGUGUGCACAUGUGCUAAAUCCCUGCAGAAGUCACUGAAACCUGCAUCGCUUCAGUGAAAACCCAUCUGUGUGAAUGGGCAGAAAUCGCAGCUAGCAAUGUUGCCACACAUUUGUUGAUUGUAAAGCUCUAGGUAUACUAUUUAUUAAGGCUUGUUUAAUUAAAAUAUAGCCAAACUGAUGUGGUUUUUUCCUUCCUCCAAAAUAGAAAAAAUAGGUUAGUUUUACAAAAACACAAACACUUGGUAGAAGUAAGUGAAAUCUGUUAAUGGUGUGGCAAGAAGCA